CGCCAUUGCCUCCCAUCUCUCUCUUCCUCUCUUGCCCUAGAGAGAGAGGGAGAGGGGGAACAGAUAGAGAGAAAGAGAGAGAGAUCCACAUACAUCCGUCCAUCCGGUCGACGUCGUCGUUGCGGUGGCGCGGCGGCGGCGAUGGGGAACUGCUGCGUGUCCCGGCCGUCAGGCAAUCGGCGGGGCUCCGGCGGCUCGGGCCGGCGCAGGGGCGCUGGGAGGCUCGUCGGGGCGGCGAACAUGCGGUGCCUGUCGACGGUGUCGUCCGUGUCGGAGGCGGCGCGGGCCGUGGCGAUGGCGGAGCCGGUGAGGGUGCUGCAGGCGGCGGGGGCGGGGAGGAAGAGCGCGGCGCAGGCGGAGGAGAUGCUCCGGCGGUACGAGCUCGGGGAGGAGCUGGGGCGCGGGGAGUUCGGGGUGACGCGGCGGUGCAGGGACACGUGGUCGGCCGGCGGCGGCGAGGAGCAGCUGGCGUGCAAGUCGAUCAGCAAGCGGAGGCUCCGGAGCAGCGUGGACGUGGAGGACGUGCGGCGGGAGGUGGCGAUCAUGAGGUCGCUGCCGCCGCACCCCAACGUGGUGCGCCUCCGGGAGGCCUUCGAGGACGCCGACGCCGUCCACCUCGUCAUGGAGGUCUGCGAGGGCGGCGAGCUCUUCGAUCGCAUCGUCGCCCGCGGCCACUACACCGAGCGCGCCGCCGCCGCCGUCAUGCGCACCAUCAUGGACGUCGUCCAGCACUGUCACAAGAACGGCGUCAUACAUCGGGACCUCAAGCCUGAGAACUUCCUGUAUGCCAAUGCAUCCGAGAACUCCCCUCUCAAGGUCAUCGAUUUUGGCCUCUCAGUCUGCUUCAAACCUGGUGCAAGAUUCAAUGAGAUUGUUGGAUCUCCCUACUACAUGGCGCCAGAAGUCCUGAAGAGAAAUUAUGGGCAAGAAAUAGACAUAUGGAGUGCAGGAGUCAUACUGUACAUCCUGUUAUGUGGUGUUCCUCCUUUCUGGGCUGAGACCGACGAAGGGAUCGCACAGGCAAUCAUCCGGUCAUAUAUUGACUUCCAAAGAGAGCCUUGGCCGAAGGUGUCAGAGCAUGCCAAGGAUCUUGUAAGGAAGAUGCUUGAUCCAAACCCUUACACUCGGUUGACAGCUCAACAAGUGCUAGAGCAUCCUUGGAUACAGAAUGCAAGUGCAGCUCCCAACAUUCCUCUGGGAGAAGCAGUCAGAUCCAGGCUGAAGCAAUUCACUGUAAUGAACAAGUUCAAGAAGAAGGCCUUACUUGUGGUGGCGGAGUACUUACCAACCGAAGAGCUGGACGCAAUCAGGGAGCUGUUCAACAUGUUGGACACCAACAAGAAGGGACACUUGACACUAGAAGAGCUUAGAAAAGGACUGCAAGUGAUAGGCCACAACAUCCAUGAUACAGACGUCGAUAUGCUUAUGGAAGCUGCAGACAUAGAUGGAAACGGCAUGCUGGAUUGCAAGGAGUUUGUGACAGUAUCCAUUCACCUGAAGAAAAUCCGUAGCGAGGAGCACCUUCCCAAGGUGUUCAGUUUCUUCGACAAGAACGGGAGUGGGUACAUAGAGAUCGAAGAGUUGAAAGAAGCCCUCUCCCCAAGAGGCGACCAGAAGUCGAUCGAUGACAUAUUUCUGGAUGUUGACAAAGACAAGGAUGGGAAGAUAAGCUACGAGGAGUUUGAGUUAAUGAUGAAAGCUGGAAUGGACUGGAGGAAUGCAUCCCGACAAUACUCAAGAGCAGUUUACAACACUCUCAGCCGCAAGAUGUUUAAGGACGUGUCCCUGAAGCUUAAUCACAGUGGCCCACUUGUUGCAGCAGGAAAAUAGCAACGAGCUGUUAACUAAGUGACGUGUUCUCUACAUGCAUGCUCACUCAUAAUAGAGAGAAUGUGAAAAACAUGCGCAGUUUUCCAUGUUUGCGUAUUGGGUCUCCACAUUUUGGGAUGCAAAGGUACCACGGGGUUCAGUGGCCCUGAAUGUUUCAGAUGCAGAUGUCAAAGAGCAGCCCUAAAUACACCCUUUCUCUUUCUCUGAGAAAACUAAACAAAAAGAAAGAAAGAGUUGAACCAUUCGUUUAAAGUUACUCUCUCUGUUGGCUCGUGUAAAAGCAGAUCUACGCUGAA